AUGACUCGUAAAUAUUCUAAUAAUACUAAUCAGCGAAACGGCAUCUCCAGAGGUCGAGGAGGAAGAAAUCGAGGUAGAGCUAUAAGCAGGAGUACUAAUAAUGACUUACACAACAACAAUGAAACUUUUUCACAACGAACAAGUUUAAUUUCUGUUGAUGCCGAGGAAUUAGAACGACGUAAAAAACGUGCUGAACGGUUUGAAAAGUUCUUAGAUCCUAAACAAUCAACUUCAAAAGAAACUGAUGCUAAUUUAAAUAGAAAUAAUACUAAUAGAAGUAGUCAAAGUGGUAAAAUUAUUUCAAAAAAAGAUAUAAUCGUUAAAGAAUACAUUCAAAAAGAUAAUAUCAAAGAAUCAGCACAGAUAGACACUGUAUCAAAUUUUUUAGAAUUAUUGUUAUUAGAAUUAAGAUUAAUUGAUCUUUUAUCAUCUACUCAAUCAUCUCCUUCUGUCUCAAAAUCUUUAUCGAAUACCAACUCUAUAUUAUCAUCUAAUACCGUCAUUUUACCUAAAAAACAACAAAGGUUGAGAGCUCAUGAUUGGUUUAUCGAAAAAUCUUCUCCCAAAAGAUUAUCUGAAUUAGGGUAUUGGGAUAAAUUAUUUUCAAUCAUGGAUAUGGAAUUUUAUAAAGAAAUAGAAUGUUUUAAUGUAGAUGAGAAUGCUAUUAAUGAAUGGGUGAAAUUAGUUGAUAACGGUAUGAAAAAAUUAAGUAUUGAAUAA